UCAACCGAAGCGAGGGAGAGAGGGAUAGAAAGCACUUAGCUGUGUGCGUGCCAGGCAGAAAGAGGGCGAAGGGAGACUCCGCAGUGGAUAGAAGCAGCCGUCUCGAAUUGAGAGCCAAAGGAUACAUUUCUUACGGGCGGGGGGUUACGACAGGUGGACCGCUGCCGGUUUUUGCUCUCCGCCGCUGCUGGGAGGAGAGGGCGCGCGGAGAUCAGAGCGGAUCGGGCUAGCUCUGCCAUGGCAGACCAGUUCUACUGCCGUUACUAUGUGGGCCACAAGGGCAAGUUCGGGCACGAGUUCAUGGAGUUUGAGUUCUCCAGCACCGGCAAGCUGAGGUACGCCAACAACUCCAACUACAAAAACGACACGAUGAUCCGGAAGGAGGUGACGGUGAGCCAGUCCGUGCUGGACGAGGUCCGUCGAAUCAUCCAGGAGGCGGACAUCAUUGCGGAGGACGACCACAACUGGCCGGAGCCCGAUCGCGUAGGGAGGCAAGAGCUUGAGGUGAAGCUGGGCAAGGAGCACAUUUCCUUCACGUGCUCCAAGAUCGGGUCGCUGUUGGACGUGCAAGAGAGCAAUGACCCGGAAGGGUUGCGCAUCUUCUACUACCUCAUCCAGGACCUCAAGUGCCUCGUAUUUUCCCUCAUCACUCUCCACUUCAAGAUCCGACCUAUUCCGUGAGGACGGUCCUUCGGGGGAGGCAUGGCGAAGUCUACCCGCUCGUCCGUCGUGACAACCCUGGCAUCUUUCAUCUGAAGUGAUGCGAUCUCACGAAGCUGCUGCCUGCUGGCUGGUGACACAUCGGUGCUAUCCGAUUACCGAUUUCUUUUGACGUGUGUACCGUACCAUGACGGGCCGGGAUGGAUGUAGACCAGCUGCGGUGUGCUCCUUCAUUUUCGGCUGUUGCGGCCUAACGGGGAAAGGCUGCAUGGCUCGUUGAUUUUGUUGCUUCGUAGCGUGGGCAUCUUUCGGGCAGGCAAGCAGGCAGGCAGCCCCCCUUGAAAAGAAGUAAAAGAGAAACUUUCUAGUACGGUGGGCGCUGCGAUCAACGCGUGCGAGCACUCUGCUAGGACUUGUCUGUCACUAGACUAGGUGUCUGAAGCAAGCGACUUGGUCGUGCCGACAGACUCAGUGGGGAAGAGAUAAACUACAGCACACGGCAGUAGCACAGCAGUAGUACAACCAGACGCCUGUACCGGAGGAUUAGGUGCAUCCUAGAUCAUGAGAUUCAGAUCGAGGGGUAGGAAAGGACUGCUGUGAAGAGUCGCGGGAGAAACGGUCUGUAGGCAUAGUCUGUAGCUCGACAACGGGUUUGACGUUAGGGUCCUACGCGUCAAAAGAACUCAAGCCUGGGUCAGCUUUUCAGUUUUCGUGCCGAACUAGCGUGUAGACAAGGUCGACGCAUGCGGUAGAGGUUAGCACGUACACAACCCCCUGAGGAUUAUGGUUUGGGGGGAACGUUGGAGGGUGGUAUGUAAUGUUUUCGGUUCGCGGGAACAGCACGUGUAGCAUAGUCUAGUAGGUUAGGGUUUGCGCGUUUGGUUUGUUUGUGGUAAAUUUGACAGAAAACCAUUUGAAAAAUCAUGCUCAUUGCUGGGCAUCGGGUGGCGCGGCGGGGCAGACGUGUCCCGCCCCAUCCCUUGACAUCCGUCAUGUCGGCAAGAUGAUCCGAAAUUAAUUAAUUCUGCA